AUGGGCCAUGAUUCAGAUGGUGGUUCCCAAGAUGGAAGGGAUGAAGAUGAUGAGGAAGAAUAUGAGGAGGCUGGCAGGGGUAGUCGAUUUCUUGGAUUUAUGUUUGGCAAUGUCAAUGACUCUGGUGGUCUUGAUGCCGAUUACCUUGAUGAGGAUGCAAAGGAACACCUCGCUGCACUUGCUGACAAGCUGGGUCCGUCUAUAACAGGCAUAGAUCUGUCAGUAAAAUCACCACAAACAUCAACUGAUGCUGUUGAAGAAGAUUAUGAUGAGAAGGCUGAAAAUGCAGUGAAUUAUUUUGACAUUGAUGAGGAUUUUGAGGGACCUGAGAUUCAAGCUGCUACUGAGGAGGACCAUUUGUUGCCCAGAAAGGAUUAUCUUUCUGCUCAAGUUUCAUUGGCUACUUUGGAGCUCACACAUUCUGUGUUUGAUGAUGAAGAUUACGAUGAAGAAAUUGAACAGGAAGUGGAACAUGAGGUGGUUGAAAAAAACGUUGAUGUUGAAACUAUCUCUUUACCAGGGGAUUCUAAAGGAGAAAAAUAUUCUGAGGAUGAUUAUCAAAUUGGCGGUUUGGACUCUGAAAAUUUGGAUGCUCAUGUAGAAGAGUUUCAGGAAGCGCUUUCAGAUAAAAGUGCCACGCCGCUGCCAGUUCUAUGCAUAGAAGAUGGAUUGGUGAUCUUAAGAUUCUCGGAAAUCUUUGGUAUUCAUGUGCCCUUGAAGAAGGCAGAGAAAAGAGAACAUAGAUACUCUGUUCCUAAAGAUAGGUACAAAUCCAUGGAUGUUUCGGAUAUCAUUGAAGAGGAUGAAGAGGCAUUCUUAAAAGGAUCUAGUCACGGAUUGCAAUCUUUGAAACAGGCAGAUGCAAUGAAAUAUGACAUCUCAGCACUCAAUGACACUGACUCGGAAAAUGCAAAGUUUGGUGUUCUAAAAGCGGCUAAUUCAGUCGCUCUGCUGGAUGACGGGCCAAUAAAGGACUCCUGUCUCAAUGCAGAACCAUCGAAAGAGGAUCUAAUUUAUGAUAUUUCUGUGGGAAGGCAGUCACCUUUGUGUUCAAAAUUUUAUCCUCUUGAUCAACUAGACUGGGAAGAAGGAAUUGUUUGGGGCAAUUCUCCUGUAGCAAAGCCCCCAAAAGAACCUGAUGAGAAGGAUCAUGCUGUUGUGCUGCAUAGCUCAUGUAGUCUAUUGGAGCCUUUUGGCUCAAGAAAUUCAUCAGAACUUUUAUGUCUUCCUGUCUCAGAAAGCAGAUGCCAUCCCCAACUUUUAAGGCUAGAAUCUCGAUUUGAAGUGGAUGACCAUACAGAUGGUACAAUGGAGAGUGUCGGUGAGAAGCUUCAUCAGAGCGAUGCUGUGAGGGAAUUUAGCAAACUCACUUCACAGAAUAGAGACAUGCUAAAAGGAUCCUGGUUAGACCAGAUAAUUUGGGACCCAGAUAUGCCUACUGGAAAGCCAAAACUUAUCCUUGAUCUUCAAGAUGAGCAAAUGCUUUUUGAGAUUUUGGAUAACAAGGAAAGUGAACAUCUUAGGCUUCAUUCAGGGGCCAUGAUUGUGACUCGCCCGGUAAACUUGAGCAAUGGGGAUUCUUUUGAGCUGCCAGGUCAUGGAGGUCAAUUUGGUUGGCGAUAUGUUGCUAAUGAUAAACACUAUUCAAAUAGGAAAACUUCUCAGCAACUGAAAUCAAAUUCUAAAAGACGCACAGUGCAGGGCAUAAAGAUUUAUCACUCACAACCUGCCCUGAUGUUACAGACAAUGAAACUGAGGUUAAGCAAUAAGUGUGUGGCUAAUUUUCACCGACCAAAAUCUUUAUGGUAUCCCCAUGACAAUGAAGUGGCUGUAAAAGAACGAGGGAAGCUCCCCACUCAAGGACCAAUGAAAAUUAUCAUAAAGAGCUUGGGUGGGAAAGGAAGUAAGCUUCAUGUGGAUGCUGAGGAAACAGUGUCUUCUGUUAAAUCAAAAGCUUCAAAAAAGCUAGAUUUUAAGCCAUCCGAAACUGUGAAGUUGUUUUAUUUAGGGAAGGAACUUGAAGAUGAUAAAUCUCUUGCAGCCCAGAAUGUUCAACCAAAUUCUUUGCUUCAUCUUGUUCGUACAAAAAUAUACUUGUUGCCAAAGGCACAAAAGAUUCCUGGUGAGAAUAAAUCUUUGCGGCCUCCUGGAGCAUUUAAGAAGAAAUCUGACCUUUCUGUGAAAGAUGGUCAUGUGUUUCUAAUGGAGUAA